GUCGAGUUCCUUCCAAGCCACCGCUUCAGUGCAGCAGCCGUGUGGCAACGAUGGCGAGAAAGCUACCCCGACGGUCGCUGCGCGCAGCCCGACUCAAUCACCUUCUUCACCGGGGUGCCAACCCACUACAUGCGGCUGCUACAAGAGUUCGACCGCAUGCCUCUGCAGCUGCAGAGGAAGUCAGCCCUUGCCGCCAGCAAGCUGCGGCUCAUGAUGAGCGGCUCUGCCUCAUGCCCGGACGUGCUCAUGCGGCGAUGGCACCAAGUCACGGGUCAGAGGCUGCUGGAGCGAUACGGGAUGACAGAGUUCGGCAUGGCCCUCACCAACCCGUUGCUGGGAGAAAAGAAAUCCGGCUCAGUAGGCGUGCCACUCAGAGGGGUUAAGGUGAAACUAGCAGACACUGCAAAGGAUCGGCACAGCAGCAGCAACAGCACUGGCACUGCACGAGCCAUGCUGGGUCACUUGUCUGCUCCAGGGGCAUUCAGCAGUAGCAGCAGCAGCAGCAGCAGUGGUGGUGGCAGCAGUGUUGACAGCAGCAGUGCCAGCAGCGGCAGUGGGACGUGGAGUGGGGGGUGGGGAGAGCUACUGGUGAAGAGCUCUGGCAUGUUCCUGCGAUACUGGAACCAACCCCAGGAAACAGCAGAGGCGUUCAACCCACAGGGGUGGUUCCGGACGGGCGAUAUUGCAUCGGUGGAUAGUCAUGGGUACUGGCAGAUCCACGGCAGGGCGAGUGUGGACAUAAUUAAAACGAGGGGCUUCAAGGUUUCUGCGCUGGAGAUCGAGUCGAAGCUGCUGGAGCAUCCUCUCAUAUCCGAGGCAGCAGUGCUGGGGGUGCCGGAGAGGCAGCAGGGAGAGGCGGUGGCGGCAGUGGUGGUGCUGGGAGCAGCACAGCAGCAGCACCACACCCAGGGGCAGCGGCAUGGCGCUACUGGGGGAGGUGUUACUGAAACCAGCGAGGCAGCACCUGGGGAGCAUGCUGCCAUCACUCUUGAUGAGCUGAGGAAAUGGGCAACCCCCCGUAUGGCUCACUAUAAGGUGCCAUCCCGCCUGAGAGUGGUUGCCACCAUGCCACACAACGCCAUGGGGAAG